AUGUCAAACGGGAACGGCGAGCACACUGCCGCGGCUGCCAACGGUUACCCCGCCAAACCCCACUCAUCCGAGUCGUCCCCGCGGAGUUUCCAGGAAGUGUGCCAAGAGCUGAAGGAUAAGGUCGACGCUUUCUUAGCGGAUGACCAGAAGACGGAUGUUCUGCGCAAUGUUCAAAAGCAGCUGCGCGCGUCAAUGGGGGUCGUUGACGAGGCGUUGGCAAGAUACAGCCUGGACCAGAUUUCAAUCUCCUACAAUGGAGGAAAAGACUGCCUCGUACUCCUGAUCAUACUCCUCGCCGCCCUAGCACGUCGAUACCCUUCUCUCCCGAAAGCCUCCCAAACGAACGGGUCGAACGGCACGACUUCCUUCCCUCCUGAAUUUCAGGCAGUGUACAUCGUAUCGAAGCACCCAUUCGCCGAAGUUGACGAUUUUGUCGAAACCACCAGCGCCGAAUACCAUUUAGACGUAAAACGAUAUGCCAUGUCAAUGAAAGAUGGACUCGAGGCAUACCUAGCAGACAGACCAACCGUAAAAGCCAUUUUCGUAGGGACGAGGAGGACAGACCCCCACGGCGAGAAGUUGACAGAUUUUGACCCCACGGACUCCGGGUGGCCUGCCUUUAUGCGGGUGCAUCCUGUGAUCGACUGGCAUUAUGCCGAAAUUUGGGCAUUCAUCCGACAUUUAGAAAUACCAUACUGUCCUCUAUAUGAUCAGGGCUACACGAGUUUAGGCGGAACGCAAGAUACCCAUCCCAACCCUCAGCUGAAGACUGAAGGACAGAACGGUGCGGGCUUCCGACCUGCGUACGAGCUUACGGAAGACGAUGAAGAGAGAUUAGGUCGCGAUAGAUGA